UUACGUGUUUGAGCUGCCUCAAUUUCGUCACAGCUUCUCUAGGCAAAAUGGGCGAGUGGAACCACCUAUUAUUCUUACACCGUGCUUGGGGCUCAUCGACCCCCGACUUUAUUAAACUCCGACGACUGCAGUAUAAGGUGAUCAAGAAAGCGAUGGGGUACCGAAUUUCAACACCAAUAGACACCAUGCUCGCAGAAGCCAAGGAAUUUGAGCUAAAUAUCAGAUUUAAUCUCACCGCUUCAAAAUUCAUCUACAAGUGUAUGGCAAAUAAAUUUAACAUCGUUUACAAUUCUCUAGAGGAAAUGGAAAUUACAGCGGUCAGAAGGAACUGCAAGGUCAAAGCCAUUAAGGAAUCCAGACUCUUUAAAUUCUACGUUAUCAGUCGCCAUGAAAAGUCCAUCACUUUCAGAUCUACAUAUUCGCCGGCAUAUUGGUACUCCUAUGAGGUUUUCUCUACGACAAUUAAAUUUCUAUCAUAAAUCCUUUGAGCUUAGACAGAAUGCUACGACUUUUUACACCGAUGGGUCUAAGAGCCCGGAGGGCGCUGUUGGAGCUGCGGUUUAUUCGCCAGAAAUGGAAGGUAGUAUUAAACAUAAGCUUCCUCCUGAAAUCUCCAUUUUCUCGGCCGAACUUUGGGCCAUUACCAGGCCAUCCUUGCUAUUUACGAUCUUAACCUCCCCAAAAGUGUAAUUUUUUCUGAUUCAAGGAGCGCUCUAGAAGCACUCCAAAAUUCUUCCAAGGUGCAGCGCAAUUACAUAGUGUACCAUAUCAGAAAAGUCUAUUUUGAUAUAUUAAAUAGGGGCAGUACGGUCACUCUUUUUUGGAUCCCUGCACAUUCAGGCAUCCCAGGCAAUGAAUCAGCAGAUCACGAAGCUAAACUGGCCGCGCUUGAGGGCUACAAACCUGGUUUUUGUGUCCCAUAUGAGGAUCUUCUGGUGGAAUCGCUCGAGCAGACAAACAGUUUCAGGAUUAUAUAAAGGAAGUUUCUGCCACUAAAGGCACUCAAUACUUUGAACAAUUCUACACUAAGUCCAAAAAGACAUGGUUCUAUGAAGCGCCGCUUACAAAGGAAGAAAUCGUUCUCGUCAACCGUCUAAGAUCCAAUCACGUCAACG